UAGCGGUUUUUGAAAGCCUUUAGUGGUAUUUUUAAAAACCAUGGCGUUUUUAUUCUUUUUAGUGGUUUUUAGGGGUUUUUUCAGUACGAAAUCUGGCAACACAUUUUUACCCACCAUUAUUCUCUACUUACUCUAUGGCCGGGAAAUCCCUAAGCACAGUCAGAAUUUCAUAUUGUUCUAUGCUUACUCUUUGACCGGGGAAUCCCUUAGCGCAGUCGUUUGCUAAUGUUUUCUGUGAAUCUUGUCAUUCUAUGUCUUGAAUUUAGUUCGCGCUGUCGAAAACGCGAAAAGUUUGAUCAAGUCGUUUUUAAAAGGUCACAGUGUGUGAAGUCGUGACGCUCAAUAAUAUCCAAUAAUGGAAUUUCCAUCCAAGAAAAAAAACUAUGCACAAAAAUAUAGAAAGGAGUGGGAAUCUCAUGACGAAUUCAAAUCCUGGCUUAAACCUUUACCUGGUGAUGAUACGAAGGCUUUUUGCACAUAUUGUAAGGCAGAAUUAUUAGCAAAAUUGGUAGACUUGAGAAGACAUGCUGAAACAAAGAAGCACAAACAAAAAAUGCAAGUGAUAUCUGGCAACCAGAUUUUACAAUUCAAGCCCGAUAGUGAGAAGAUUUCCAACCUAAAAUCGCGCAAAGCUGAAGGAAUGCUCGCGCUUUACAUUACUGAACAUAGCUCAGUUUCCUGUAUUGAACAUCUAACAGAUUUAGUGAAAUUGGCUUUCCCUGACUCAAAAGCAACGGACGACUUAAAAAUGCAUCGUACUAAGUGUACUGAAGUUAUAAAAAAUGUCUUGGCACCACAUUUUACUGAAGAACUAAUAAAGGAUAUAGGACAGCAAAAAUAUAGUCUUAUCAUUGAUGAAUCAACUGACAUCAGCACGAGCAAGCAACUUGGUAUUGUAAUCAGGUAUUUCAGUAGAAAACUAAAAAAAGUAGUUUCUUCGUUUCUGGCUCUAGAACAACUUGAAACCAGCGAUGCAGUUGGUAUUGUUAAAGCCCUUCUUUCUUGCUUACAAAAAUAUGGAUUAAAUAAAAAUAAAAUGAUUGGAUUGGGAACAGACAAUGCGUCAGUCAUGACUGGAAUUAAUAAUGGAGUGUAUAAAAUCCUGAAAAAUGAUAUACCUAAUUUAAUUCUUAUCAGAUGCACUUGCCACUCUUUACAACUUGCUGUAUCUCACGCUUCAGAACAUACGCUACCAAGAAAUAUUGAAUUCUUGAUUAGAGAAACGUACAAUUGGUUUGCCCACUCAACAAAACGUAAAAAUGAAUAUCAUGAAAUUUACGAAACUAUUAAUUGUGGUGAAGCACCUUUAAAAAUUUUGCAGGUAUGUGACACACGCUGGUUAUCCAUUGAACCAGCGGUGCAAAGAAUUCUGGCACAGUGGAAAGAACUGACUUUACAUUUUGGGCUUAUGAGAGAUCGAUGUUACACUGCAGAUCUAUUAUAUUCUAUAUACAAGGAUGAAUCAAGUUAUUUAUAUUUGCUAUUUUUGAAAAGUGUACUAAACGAUGUGCAGAUCGCAUUGAAAAGCUUUGAAAGCGAAAGUGCAAAUCCUCUUAAAUUAUUAAAUGUGCUGAUUACACUAUUACGUUCAGUUUGCAACAGGAUUCUGUUACCGAAUGCAGCUAUUACAGAUAAGGAUUUUUUAAAUAUUGAUAUCGACCGACACCUUAACCCGGUCCCAUACAUGGGCUACCUCUUUGAAUCGGAGCAAGGAAAAACAUCGUUAACAGCUGACACUAUAUUAGUCAUAAAACGUCGCUGUAUUGAGUUUAAUGUAAAGCUAGCCAAGGAAAUUCAACAAAGACUGCCGACCAAUUACAAUGUGCUGGAAUCGAUGUCAAAAUUAGACCCAGAGAUAAUACUCCGCCAAGGUAAGGAUAAUUCCAUUUCAGAACUAGCUAAAGAACUUGGCUAUACUGCUAGUGACAUUGACAAGAUAUUGAAUCAGUGGCACAAUAUCUGUUUUGUCCAAUGGAAAAAUACAAACGAUGUUAUAAAAUUUUGGGUUGAGGCAGAUGAUUACCGAAACGCAGCGGGUAUAAAUGACUUUGCAGAACUAGUUGAUCUUGCCAUAUCAUCGUUAUCUUUACCCCAAUCUAAUGCAGGUAUCGAAAGAAUUUUCAGUGUCAUGAACAUCGUAAAAAAUAAACUACGGAACAAGAUGGCUGGUCCUCUUCUAAAUGCGAUAAUUUUUAUCAGAAAUAGAUUAAAAGUUACUGAUGCAAAAUGUUACAAUUACGAAUUACCAAGCGAUGUCAUUGCAGCUAUUGGAAAAAACACUAAGUACACUUUUAAAAAUCAACCACAAGCAACAACAUUUGCAUCCACGUCGACGUCAUCGGCAGUAGUUUCGGCCUCUGUGAAUUAUGAUGAUGUUAUGGAAGAUAUAACAUUUGAUAACCUUGAAUUUUAAUUUUAAUUGUAUUAUUUGUUCCUCUUAAGUCUUAAUUCAUAUUGUACUGAUUAUUUACAAAUUAAUAACAAAUCAACAUA